AUGACUCUCAAAGUGAGUCCUGACAGAGUUCAGCAUUUCCAUUCUGACUCUGUCUCACUGAGCUGUGAAGGAAGCUUUACUGAGUGGAGAGUGAGGACCUUUCCUGAGGACCGCUACUUGUUAUACAGGUCAGACUGUUAUGACUGGAGGUCCAUGACUGGAUCCACAUGCAGAAUCUACAGAUCACGGCAGAGACAUGCAGUGUACUGGUGUGAGUCUGGAUCAGGAGAGUUCAGCAAUGCAGUCAACAUCACUAGACAGUAUGUGGAUAUUAUCCUGGUGAGCCCUGUGCAUCCUGUGGCUGAGGGAGAUUCUGUUAUUCUUGGCUGCAAACUGAGCACAGGAGAACUACUUUACAACGUGUCUUACUAUCAAAAUGACAAACUUAUCCAAAAUGAUACCAGAGGAGAGCUGAAUAUCUCAGCAGUGUCAAAGUCAGACGAAGGCUUCUACAAGUGUAAAUACUCAGGAGAUGAAUCACCGCAGAGUUGGAUGUCAGUUCAGGCAGUGCCAGUGUCCAGGCCUGAAGACUCUUCAUCUCUUAUACCAUUAAUUGUUGGGCCGGUUUGUGGAGUUGUAUUUAUUAUUGUUUUGCUCCUGUUGUAUUUCUACAGUCGAUCCAAAGAUUCACACUCUAUCAGGCCAAUCCAGUCUGAGAGAACCAAUCAGGACUCUGCCGCACAUAACAUGGUCAACCUGAAUGAAACUCCAGAUCAUGUAUACUCCUCUCUUCUCCAUGAUGUUUAUGUCAACUCUGGAGCACAAAGUCAGAAUCUGAAACGAACCAAUCGGCAACGUUGA